ACCGCCUGCACACCUACAAACCUCAACACCUGGACGUCACGACGCACGGCCGUCAUAGUGUGUUCUGCAAUCGGCAUGUCAACUUCCAGUACUCCAGAAGUGCUUGCCAAAAGUCGCGCUCUGCGAGCAGAAGCCGCCUGGGUAGCAGACCACACCACUCCUUGCAACUCAGCAGCGACAGCAAGGCAUCGAGAAAUGAGAAGAAAUCACCGUCUUCUUUUGGAAGAAGUGCAAAGACGACACGACGUCACAGUAUCUCUGUCUUGGAUCAGAAACGCUCUGGCUGACAUUAAAGAAAAAGACUGUGACAUCUGUCAUAAUCUGGAGUGUAUGAUUGAUGCAAUUCAAGGAGUUAGCUAUGUCAAAGAUCCAACUCCAGGAACCCGUGUAACAUCCAAUACAACCAGAACGCUCAAUUCUUGUGCAAAGUCACGUGUUUCAGAGUUAGAAGAAACAGAAGACUAUGGAUCUUGUUCUUCAACAGAAAUGUCACCACAACCUUCUCACAGUUCAAGCAUCAAUACACCAUCAAUCGAAAAAGACAUAAAGAAAUCACUAACACUAACGUUCAGUGAUGAUGAUGAUGAUGACUUGGGAGUAUUUGUAUAGAAUAAAGAGGCCAUACAUAAUAGGAUGAACAGAAGUAUUAAUUAACCAAGAACUAUAGUCUGGUACAGACUUACCUCAAUUCAUGCAGUACAUGUAGAUUAUCUAAUCGAUUAUUUUCCAUUUUUCCAAACCA